CACAAUACAGUGUGGCACGUCCUAUAGUUAUGACGUAAUUUUGACGCGUCUCGCCUAGCUGCAGCAGAGGAAACUGUUGUGGUUUAAGCUCCUCUGAACGCUCAUCACUGGUCCUUUAACGUCGGGUGAACGGCAGGGAUGUCUCAACAACAACAACAAACUAUCCCCUCCGCCCCGGAUUCCCCUGCAUUGGUGGUCACGACUAACGUGCAGAAAUAUGCCAUAAAGAAGAAGAAGGUCCUCAGUGCUGAAGAGAUGGAGCUGUUUGAACUCACUCAGGCUGCAGGCAUCACCGUAGAUCAGGAGGUCUUCAAGAUCAUAGUGGACCUGCUGAAGAUGAAUGUGGCCCCUCAGGCAGUGUUCCAGACUCUGAAGGCCAUGUGUGCAGGCCAGAGAGUGGCUGAAAGUUGUGGCGCCGAGUCUUCUACAGCCUCCCACACUACGAGCAUGACCACAGCACCUACAGAGGCCAGAGAAGAGGACUCUUUGGUCUCUAGAAAGAGCCCUAAGCCUCCUGCAGCUCCCCCCUCAGCUUCGGGCCCCAGAGCCACAAGGGUCAACACUAAGAUUGUGGUCUACGGCCCCCAAGACGUUAGCUCUCCUCACUCUCAAGCGGUGCGCAGUAAAGCAGCAGCGAGUCACAGUGAGAAGAGUAGGGAGGCUUCCAGCCAGCGAGUGCAACGGCAGCCCAGCGCCACCAGAGGGCAGAAGAUCAAGAGCUCCGGCAGCAGCAGCUCCUCCUCACAGAUAAACUCUACAUAAGACUCAGGUCAUGGUCACACCACCUGUACAUAUCAGAUGGAUGGGAAACUACAUCAUUCUGCACAGCGAUCCUCAAACAGCCAAGUGAGGUAACAAUAACUCAGAUCUUAUUUACUGAAGUUAACAGUAGAUGAGGGAAUGCAGUGAAAACUGAGUCGUUGGCUUAUUGUGAGUGAAUGAUUGCAAAUGAUUGAAGAAACAAAGUGUACAAUAUCACUUAACCCUAAAGAGAUUAUUCAAUGAAAUAGUCGCAUUUUGGUCAAUUCCUGGUCUGUUUAUUAAGAUUUGGAGCUAACAGUGGUGUGGUGCAUAGAAAUAGUGCAUCUAAAGAUUUGUUCACAGCUGGAUUUAGCCGCUCUAUAUGUGGACCUGAACCACCCAGGAUGCAUUGAGAUCUGAUCACUCAGACCGCGUCAGAGGAAGUCUGGUUCGGGGGUGGCAGUGUUCUUUUAGUAGGGGUGUGUGUUUUGUGAAUGCUCAUUCUCUAGCGAUUAAUCCAUUUCCAGUCAAAAUUUGCUGUUUGAAACCAGAAUCUGGUGUUUUUCUCUGGAGCCAAAAAGAAGAAUAUUCAUUACCAGCAGGCUGCUGUAAAAACUGAUGGUGUGAAACAAAACAUUUUUGCACAACAGUUCAUAAAGCUCUGCUUAGAGAAGUGACUUGUUUCAGGCAGCAAAGAAUAUUAUUUCCAACUUUGCACUAAUGCCAUGACAUAGACCAUAUUUACUAUUUUUUGUUUUACAUCAAUUACUUUUUUUAAGACUACUUUCUGUCAUACAUUGGAGACUUUAAAUAAAUGUUCCCAGUCAAAUAAAAAUGCAACUGCCUUUAUCCUUUAUUACUCCACCAAGGAGGCGGAGCCUCGCCUGACGGUCAGCGUUGGUUUGUCUGUCUGUCUGUUUGUCUGAUUGUCUCUCUGUUAGCAACAUUACUCAAAAUGGAUUUGGAUGAAAUUUUCAGGGAAGGUCAAAAAUGACACAAAGACCAAGUGAUUAGAUUUUGGCAGUGAUGCGGCUUAUAGUCUGGAUCCAUGGAUUUGUUAAAGAUUUCUGUAUCAUUGCGAGAUAGCAGCACAAUGUCACUGUAACUAUGACAACAAGUGAACACUACAUCAGCUGCCUGCUGAUGAUCACAUCAUUGCGAUUCUACUACAAAUCCACCACUGCCGACUUACCGGGACUUAUCUGUCGGAAAUCAUACAAGGAACAAUUGAUUAAAUUGUGGGGGUGUUUCUGAGUCCCAUCAAUUCCCGCCUCCCACUACAUAUUUAGUUCACGCAAUUUGGUGUCCAUACAUAAUGUACACAUGCCUAACACAUGCCUGUACUCAGCACAAGGUCAUUUUGUUUGUGGAUACAUCUAUAUUAAAUGGCUGCAUUCUAUAGUGCCAUGAUUUCUGCCACAUUUUUUUUCAAGAUUUCUUCCAUUAGAAAUGAUAGAAUGACUGAGCUGCCUUGGUGGAGUACUGUGCUCUCUGAGUGCUUUUCUUGUUCUUUAUUGUUUUAGAUGAUUAAUUGCUGAUGGUCUAGUGCUGACAUUGUGAUUUUUAGAUGUUAAACACAGUUAACAGAUAUUAAUUGAGAAUCAUAAAGACACUUUAAUAUUUAUGGUAUAUAUUUGCAAUUCACAGUAGCAUUAAUAUGUUAAAAUUAGUGGUGGGACGCGAUUAAAUAAAUAAUCGAAUUAAUUACAGGCUUUGUAAUUAAUUAAUCACAAUUAAUCACAUUUUUGUCAAACCGCAAUAUUUGACACAAAUUUUGAUUGACAGUUGAAUCAAUGAAUAGACAUAUACGUGUUUAUAAUUUAAAAUGUAUAAAAUUAAUACAAUUUUAAAACGGGACAUAUAGAAAAAAAGUGAUUUGGAUGAUUUAAAGCCUGGAUUUAGUUUGUUUUUUUCCACUGUAUGGCUAUAACAAAAGCAUAAGUAGUUCAAGGAUCUUCAGAAAGUUGAAAAUCCACAGAUUCAUUCUGUUUUCAUAGUUUCUGGGUCUGAUAAAUGAUGUCAUUUUGAUCGUUCUUUUUUUAGAAAUAAAUUUUUAUUUAUAAACAAAAAUAUUUUUUCAUAAACUAAAAGUUUAUAAUUAAGUUAUUAAAAGACAGAUAUUUUUGAGGUUUAACGUAUUACUCUGUCGAGGCUCCACCUGUUUGGCAGCGUAAAACCACAAAAAUGUUAGUUUCAUUUCUAUUUAUCUGCAUUUUUCAUCUGUCUACUACAUUUACAGAUUACUGCAAACUCAAAAUGUAAUUAUAGCAAUUAUAUUCAACAUUGUACGGCUUUUUGUAAACUAAAGCACUUUUAGAGUCUUCUAAAGUAGUCUAUUAUGGGAUGGCUACACCGUUAGCUGUUAGCCGUUAGCAGGACUGUCAUAGCUAACGUUAGCUCUGAUGCUAACAGCAACAUGUUUUACACUGAAGUGAUACCAUUGGCUUGAAGUUCUGCGGUGAUCAGAAAACUCUUUGUUGCACAAUUUUCAACCAACCAGGCUUUUAUCCAAGCUGACAUCGGGAAGAUUUUUAAAAGAAAACUUUCUGCCCAACAAGCACAAUGCAUUUCAUAAUAUUGUCAGCUUUGAUUGAACGUCUCACUCUACCUCAUGCAACCCUGUUAUGCAUAAUAGCAGAACAGGACAAAUUCGUUUUACUUUUUUCCAUCAGUAAGUUUGUCCUCUUGGUCAGCACUAGCUGCUAGCUAAAUAUCUAGCUUCUACUCCUGAGAUAAAGCUAACAUUAGCAUGGACUAGCAGCCCUGUUACUGUGAUUAGAGUAGGGUUAGCAAACAACAAAUAAAGCAUGAAAUAAAAAUGGUACCACUGAUGUGUAAGUUGAGCCAGUCAAGCCUUGGAUAGUUUAUUACCUAUUAUUGACGAAUAUCUAGCAGAAAAUUGUAAAAGAGAAGGUCUAUUUUUCACAAACUUUUGAAGCCCAAAUGUCCUCCAAUUCUGGAAUGACCCAUCUACUCUCAGAUGUACGUCACUUGGGAUAAAAGCAUCUGCUAAAUGAAAUAGUAAAUUGUCCUCUUUUUUUUUUUCCCCUCACAGUGUAGAUUGUCAUUGGUAAAUGGGGUGUAUGACGUCAGGGCUGUUCACGUGAUUAGAUCAGCAUGUUAACAUCAGGUGUGAAGUGGGAACGUAGUUGCUGUUCCUCUGCUUUCCAGAAUGUUUUACUUCUAUCACACGGGGGCAGUAGAAGCACACUGCAAUUAAUUCUGUCACCCGGUGUGCUCAAAUUGUUUUCUGCCUUUUCAUAAAUCGUCUUCAUGAAUGAAAGUGAGUGUGAAUGCACGCAUGCAUUUUGUAUUUUUUCCCCUCCCUGUAUGUAUUUGAAACAAACAUCCACUCAUUCACAAGCAGAAUGAUAGCAUGGGAGGUGAAGGUGCACAGAGACACGCAGAGAGGAGAUGCUGUGUGUCUCUGAGGCAGGCUGCAGGGCUUUAUGUAGCUGCAGGUCUUUUAUGUGGCCGUUUGUCCUGUUUAUGUGUUCCUGCCUCUCCUCUCUGCGCUCUGCAUUGAUGGCAGCGUGCCUGUAAUUGAUGGCACCAUAUUGCUGUGGUGUAGCAGGUUUAAUGGGGCUUGACAGAGCAAGGGAAAAGCAGCAUGCAACCAGGGAGGGAACUUAACUCUUCCCCCCCGCAAAACCCCGACCCCUCCCUCCCCCCCGCACAUCAGUGCAUGCAAACGCAGAUGAGAAUACAAAUAGGCCCUCGGUGAUUAGCUUGUUUACGAUUCCUACUGUUGUCUGUGGUCAUGGUAAUGGCAGUUUGGUUCAUGAUCAAGGAAGCUCAGACACCCCUCUGACUCCACUUCCAAAAAUAAAUACUCGCCAGCUGUUGGUGCUCUCCCCUGUUUUGCUUGGAGGAACCUAAAUGUGUUUGACAAAGGUAAACGGCUGGGAAUUUAUUUCUUCAAACUUGCUGCCAGACUGCGUUUCUGGAUGUGGCCUACAGGGGCCAGUGUGGAUCCAAGCAGCCGACCUCAGAUUUCCAUAGGCAUCCACUCCAGCAUUUUGGAUGUGUUUAUUUUGUUAUGAGGGAAUUUCAUAGCCAGCAAAGAGUCUUCUAUUAAACAGGGAGCGUUAUCCUUCACUGUGGAUUUGUGCACGCACAUGUACACACUAUAUGCAUCAUUAAUCAAUAGAAAGGAUGAAAUGAUGCCAUUGUGUGCGAAGGCAAGGCGAACGGCACGUUGAAGAAUGAGCCAGUCAAAGCUGUUGGCAAAUCAUUAAUGUAAGGUGUUGGUCUAAACCAAGUUCUCACACUCUCUCUGUGCAAGCUGUUCCCAGGUGACAAAAAACUGGGGAGAGACACUAUUUUAAGAGCCGAGAUCACACCUCUCUUUCUCUUUUUUGUUGUAACCUCCGUCACGUAUAUUCCCUCCUGAAUCUCUUUCUCUGUAAGAGCAUUUGGGUGGGGUGUGGAGGAAUAUCAUCCUGUUUUUCCCUCCUCUCUUCUCUCCAUCUUUUCUCUCGGGUAUUAUCCUUUUCCCCUGAACUCUUGGUCCACAUUUCUCUCUAAAUUUAUAGGCCACUUUCCCUCACUUGUUGUCUCUCUACAUUCAGUCCCCUCUCUAACCCCUUCACUCUCCAUCAUCCCUCACCUCCCUGCCAUCACCCUCCUUGCCAGGCUGGCUGCAGAUUGGCUAUUUCCUGCACGCGCCCAGUAGAGCCCUUAUCAGAGGUAGAGUGCUGAUUGUUGGUCUGUCUCUCAGGCUGACUGACAGUUCGGGCUGCGCUGCUGAAAUGCCUGAUUUGGUCAAUGUUUGUCUGUGGGGCCUUAUCUCCACACCUUAUAUUAACUGCCUUGACAGUAUGUGCAGGCAGUCUCUCUCCAUCUUGUUGCCCCCUCCCACCACCACCCGCUACUGCCACCACCUCCCUCUAUCCUCUGUCUCUGUCUCCUUCAGCUCUCUAUACUCUCCUGACUCUAUAGUCUUUGGACCAGCAGCUAAACAUUUUCCUGCUGAUCCUCCUCUUCCAUCAUCGUUCCUCUUGUAGCUGGAUCAGCACUCCAAGACCAUAAAUGUCACUUUUAUUUCUUGUUUGCUAUUUCUUCCAACAGCAGUAACAGCAGUUCAGGCUAAACGAUGAGCUCACCCAAAUUACAAAACAAUAUGUUUUGCCACUUAAUCAAGCCAUGCAAGUAUUUUUGGUUCCAUCUUACGAGGUUCUGAAAUUUCUGCAACAAAUAGAGGUUUAUUGAAUUUAAUUUUUGCUUUUAAAGAGCUGCUUUUGGAAAACUCACCAGGUCUAUCCAGAAACACUCGCCACAUUUCCAUAUAAUUGCUAGGCAGAUUUCAAUCUAACUAAUCUAAAAAAAAAAAAAAAAAAAAGAAAAGUACUUCGUUUCUAUUAAUUGCAUCAAAGCAAUUAAGCUCCUAAUAUUAUGUUUCUGCAGGCUGCAGUUUCAGGACCACAGUUCCACGACCUUUGUUUUUUACUCAAUUGGAUGAUCACUUAAAUCUGUGAUUUAAGGCUUUGAAGGUUUAUUUCGUCCAAACGGUACCUUCUCUCUUACGACUUAUGGGUUUUAAAGGUUCAUCCAAUCUAAAUACUGCUUUCUAUCCUGCAGUUUGGCUUUGUUUUUAUGAGUUCCAUGCUGGGAAAUGUGCCUAAUCCAUAUUUGGGUCAUUAUCAGGUAAAGUAAUCAUAUGCUAUGGUCUUUGUAGUCACUAAGAUCUCAAACAGAUAUUGGAUAUUUGAGCUGUAGACAAAGUAAAGUAGUGCUUUCUUGAAUGAAUCUCGUUUAGCUUUCUGGUUUGGUGCUUGGAAUCUGAAUUCUAUCAAAUAGAAAUUACACCGAGUUCCAUUAAACUGGUGUUUUAGUUUCGGUUAAAGUGCAGGAAUUAGGUUUCAUCCUUUAGAAUUGUGCGUCAGACGUUGAGUUUUUUCUGCUCCAACCCGACUGCUGUUUUCUUUAAUUACAGAGUAUAGAGAGAACCAGAAGAGGUGAAGUGUAAGGACAAAAUCAUGUUUUACAUUGUAUGUCUGACUAAAGCAGACACCUCACUGAGAAAAAUGGGAAACUUCAAGUUGAUUUUCCUUAAUAUUAAGUUGCAGCAAUGCAAUGUGUACAUUUGAAAGAAAUCAAAUGAUUUAAGUAAAUCUAACUCAAACCACUGCUAUUAAUAUAUAUUAUAUACACCACCAGUAAAACAUUUUAGAACACCCUCAAUUUUUCCAUUUUUUAAAUUAUGUUAAUAUUUUUUCAAAAAUUGCACAUCCAUCCACUUUCAGCACAUUUUUUUUCGCAUUUUAAUAUCUAAGGCUUUGUUUGAAAAACAGGAACUUAAAGAUGUUACGACCGGCUCUGGAUGCCACAACAAAGGAGGAAAUGCACAGAGGUUUUUAGUGAAUCAAAAGAUUAUUUAUUGAUAAAGAAACAUAAUAAUGAGGUGUGGUCGUUAGGAUCAGUGGUGUGUGAGGGUGUGUGGUGGUAGUGGAAAAUGUGUAGUGAGUGUUGUCAGUGUAAAACAAAACCAAAUACCACCAAGGACCGCAUGGCUGGCUGGAGGUGUGGAGUGGAGCAGAGAGCAAAGGCAGAGAGUGGCAAAGCAGAGCAGAAGGCAGAGGUGCAGCAGAGGCCGAGAGCUCUGGCUCAGCCAGCUGGCUUAUAGCUGGCUUAUAUAGCCUGGUGCACUUCCCAGGUGUGGCUGCUUAGGUGAUUAAAGCUCCGCCCAGCCAGAGACCUGUAAGAAGAGCAGCAGAAGACAAAGGCUCUGGGGCCGUAACAAAGAUAAAAGCCUAAAAUUUUCAGUGUUUUAGCUCAUCAUGUCAAUAAUUCAGAAUAAGCAAUAUUGGACAAGUAGACUAAACCAUCACUGAUCAUGGGAAAAAUAAAUAUACACUACCAGUCAAAAGUUUUACAACACCCAAAUUUUUCCAGUUUUUUACUAGAAAUUCUGCAUGUUCAUGUCUCAUUGUACUCUGAAAUUAAAGCAUAGAACAAAUAAACAAAUUAAGUUUUAAAAAAGUCAAUUUAGAAACCAAAAUGUAUUCUAAACUUUUGACUGAUCAAAGUAGCCACCUUUGGCAGAUAUAACAGUUGAACACACUUGUAGCGUUCUUUCCACAAUGGAAAUCAAAUAUUCUUUAGAAAGUUCUUCCCAACUCUGCUGCAGAAGUUCCCAUAAUAUGUGGCACUUGUAGGUUGCUUUGUUUUCACUCUUCUGUCCAGUUCAUCCAAACCAGCUCCAUGGGGUUUAAGUCUGGAGACUGUGCUGCUACUCCAUGUUUUCAAGUUUACCAUCUUGUUCUUUUUUCCUAAGGUAGUUCUGGCAUAGCUUGGACUUAUGGUUUGGGUUUUUAUCUUGCUGUAGAAUGAACCCCUGACCAACUAGGAACAUACCAGAGGUUACUGCAUGGUGCUGCAGAAUGCUGUCGUAGCUGUUUUGGUUCAGGGUUCCUCUCACUCUGUUCAAGUCACCGACCCUGGAUCCAGAAAAACAGCCCCAGACCAUCACACUUCCUCCUCCAUGUUUGACAGUUGAUGUCACACACUGAGGAACCAUCCUUUCUCCUACUCGACAGCGUCCAUAAAUCCUGCAUGAUGAACCAAAGAUUUAAAAUUUUGAUUCAUCAGUCCAUAAUACCUUCUUCCAGUCUUCAGUAGUCCAUUGGUGGUGUUUCUUGACCAAGGCAAGCCUCUUUUUCUUAUUCUAACAUCUCAGCAAUGGCUUUCUUGCUGCAACUCCACCUGUCAAACCUGCAGCUCCAAAUCUUCUCCUCACAGUUGAAACUGAGACUUCUUACUACGACCACUAUAAAGCUUUGCUUGAAGCUGUUGUCCUGUGAGUCGUCUGUCACCAAGCUGCUGACUCUCAGAAACUUGUCUUCUGAUUCUGUUGUGGCUUUGGGUCUUCCAGACCUCUUCCUGUCAGACUUUCCCCCAGCUUCUGAUUGCCUUUUGAUGGUGAAGAAAACUGGACUCACUGACACCUUGACUUUCUUUGCAAUUUCUCUGUAGGAAAGACCUACAUUUUUAAGUGUUAUGAUGGUCUGUCUCUCUUCUAUAAUUGAUUGCUGUUUCCUCGCCAGUUAUAUAGCAACACACUACUUUCUGCAGUACAAUACUGUUCAAAUAAUGCUCUCAAGGGUUUGGUGCCAUGGUGUGUUUCAACACUACUUUUAUGCAGACAGAGAAGGUUGGAAAUAAUCAAGAAAAGUUGAACACCUGUAGGAUUUGGUGGCACCAACUUUGAAGGAUUGAUCAACCUCCAUUGCUGCAGAACAGCUUUAAGUUGUUAACCCAUUUCUUGCUCCCUGAAAAAGGCCUUUUUGUAUAAUUCUGAAAUGUACAUUAUUUUUCAAUUUUGGGUAACCUUACCUUUUUUUAAUCUGUGGUAGUUCACCACUUACCUUUGUAUCAUUUCAAGCUAUUCAUUGGAAAGUGAUCAAUGCCUUUAUGCAGGAGAACAGCUGGGUGGAGGACUACUGAAGAGACGCCUCCUUUUUCUCCUUCAUACCCUCAACACAAAGGACAAUACAAACUAUCGAGAACAGAUCACCCCUUGCCUGGAUAUGUACUUUACACAAGUGGGAAAAGCCACACUAUGUGACUUUAAAAAAUCUAAAACCCCUGCAAACAUUUUUUGCUUAACAUUUUUUCCCCCAAAAUGACUGUUUUGUAAUGUGCAUAAAAAUACAUAAUGCAAAGUUGACUAAUUUCUCAGUUACUCUGCAAACCUUGCUCAAAACAGAUGGAUUGUAAUUGUAGUUUUCUUGUCAUCUGGACAGCUUUGCAGAAAUAUAUACUGCAUUUAAAAAAAAAAAAAAGCAAAUUCUUAAUGCCAUAAACUACACAAUGAUCAGCAUAAUGAAGAAACAGCUCUGGUUGGUCUAUUUGCCACUGUAUCACUUUUGCAAUGCUCUGUUCUUUUCGUUUGUUAUACGCUGCCACUUGCACAUUUUUAAAAAUUUUUUCUUUGGUAAAGAUUACUAUUAAUGUCUUUUACUCCACUAUUCAUUUUUUUUCUUACUUUAUUUUCUUAACUUAUUUGCCUUGUUUGUUUAAAAGGGAAAAGAUGUCUGGAAUUUCAUUGUACACUGUGCAUAUUGACAAUAAAGCUUUCUUAUGUUGUGU